CCAUUAUGUCCCAUAAUACACGAAGACGUCGAGAUCUAGAGGCUCAACAAUUCUCAGAUGAUUCAGAGGACGAAGCUCGGGGAGAUGAGGAUAAUAAAAGUGCUAAUCCAGAGUGGUUAAAGAAGGCUAUAAGGCAGCAGCAAGGAGGAGGGUCUAAGAGAAAGGAUGGUAGAGAGGAGAAGGGGGAUGCCGAAAUGGCCAGAGCUAAGCGUAGGGCUAUUAGGAUGGGAGAGGAUCCUGAUGAUAGUAAGGAUAAUAUACCCGAAACUGAAGGUAUUGACAAUGAGGACCCCGAGAUGGCUGUAGACGAUGGAAUAGUGUUGGAGCCUUUUAAUAUGAGGAGGGAAAACGAGGAGGGCCACUUUGAUGAGUCGGGGUUCUAUGUACAGAGUAGAUCAGAGCAAGCAGAGAACUUGGAUGCAUGGCUGGAUUCAGUGGACAAGGGUGACCAAGAUUCGACCUAUCAGAACGAAGAACAACGCAAGAAGGCUGAGAAGCUACAUGCUGAGUUCUGGGGUCAGGGGGAUGAUGUGGAUGAGGAUACACAAGAGGUUAUCCCACCCCUGCGGGAUUUAGUGACACAGAUGUACACAAUAACGAUGGAUGUCAAGCAGAGCACACCAAGAGGAGCUCUAAGGGUCCUUAGCCCAACAGUGUCAGCUGAGACUAAGAAGAAGAAGGAUGAUGCUGAGGCUAGGGAAUCUCAUAGUAGGAAGAAACCAAGAUGGCAACAGAAGCAGUCGAAUACAGAGGAUCCAUGCCAGGGAAUGUCCGUAGAUGAGAAGAAGGCUAAAUUUGAUGAGUUAUCGACUAUUCUCGAACAAUUGCAAGAUCACUAUGAUCGUGACUGUCUUGAUGCGACCUUACAGGAUAUCUAUAAUACAAUACUAGCACUAGCCCAGUCGGGAGCCCCAUCGGCAUCUACAGGAGAUGGGUCUGCUAUCUCUAGUAAAGACGCUUGA